AUUACCACAUAUGGUCACCAUAUUUGCUUGCUGCUUGCUAGGCCAUCCAUCUGGUUUCUCUUUGGGUUUUUCUCCUAUGGCUACUUCUUCUCUCAACACACACACUCUCUCUCUCUAACCCACAGCCAACUGGCAAGCUUGAUUGAUUUCACAAGCUGAUAAAAAUAAAGCCAAAGGGAGGGUCGAAAAGAUAGAGCUAAGGACAAAACUAGUCUAGGAUUUUCAUUUUGAUUCGUUUGGAUUUUCCCUUUUCCCCAUUACCCAUUUACCCUCUCUCUCCCUCCCUCCCUCUCUCUCUCAAUUUGCUUCCCCUGUUUCUUCUCUUAUAAACAGAGCUAACCCAGAGCAAGUCACAGCUCCAUCAUCAAAAAACCCUUCACCACCUCACUUCCAUAUUCCAUUCUUUCCAUUCAAUUCCCCUCCUCCCCUUCUCUUUCUUUGCUUCCAAACUUGCAAAAAUUGGGAAAGAAACAGAAUAAGAAAAGAUGGAUGUGCCAUCAGCUUCUCAAUGCAGCAGCAGCGGUUGCGAGUCAGGGUGGACAUUGUACUUGGACCAAUCCUCCUUCUCCAAUUACAACGAUGGAAAUCCGUACCAGAGCUAUGCUGGCGGAUACACGGUGAAUAAUGAUUCCGGUAGAGGUAAUUACGGUAGCCGCGCGAAGCUGCAGUACGAGGAGGAAGAAGAAGAAGAAGAUUUGUCCAUGGUUUCGGAUGCCUCUUCUGGGCCUCCCACAGGUUACUAUGAUGAAGGAGAAGAUGAGGAUUGCUGUAAUAACAGGAGCACUGGCAGCAAGAAAAAGAACAGCAGUAGAAGCUGCCAGUCAUUGCAGCAGAAACAGUUUCAUCAUCAGUAUCUCGAUGACACUGCUAGCUCCCCUGCGUUAAAGACCAAGAAGCAAUUGAACAAGAGCGAUGCUUCAGCGGAGGAACUUUCACAAGGGUUUUCAGCUACACAUUUUAAGGGGAAGUCUCUACUGAAGAAGCACUUUGGGUUCUUCCAUUCUUCUCAGUCGGUUUCAAAGGAAGCAGGUGGUUUUCCGGGGAGGAAGUGGAAAUGACAAGUGAUGGAAAUGAGGCAGGGGAGCCCAAACCAUCAAGAAAACAAAAUUCAGAAAUAAAAAAAAAAUAUUUUGGGAAGAACUGAAAGGAAAAAGUAAAAAAGAAAGAAAAAAACAUAUCGAUGUCAAAGAGAUAGAGAAGUGUACCUUUUUCUUCUCUACUUGUCCAUUUAUCUAUCUUUUAUUCCAUUCCAUUCCAUUAAUUUAUUUUUCUUUACCUUCUUGUUUCUGUAUCUAUUCUGUCAAUGUAGUUGGGAACAACCUGAACAAAUCAAAGUUCCAUUUAAGAAGAGAAAAAAAUUGUCCCUAGGUAUUUUUUUUUUACUUUGAUACCCACGUAAACGUUGCGUGACGAAUAUCGCAUUUUACGUAAUAUAAUUGAUUAUAACAAACGGAAAAUGAUUAU